AUGCCAAGAGGAUACACCGAGGAGCAAGCGGAGGAGCUGCGGCGAUUGCUGCUGCUGCGCAGCUACAAGGACACCUUGGACAAACUGGUCCUUCAGCAGCGGGCGCAGCGUCUGACCGCGCCGAAGCCUCUGUCGUUGCCGGCAUCGUUGCGGCGACGCCGCAGCUCAUCGAUGGACCCAAAGCCACCACCUGAGCGAGUCCUGAUCACCGGCAAAAUGCUGCCACGCCUGGAGACGCUCUUGGGCAAGCCAGAGGACGAGACUGAUCAGCUGGACGAGAGCCUGCUGGAUGCCCUGAAGUUUGAGCGGGAUAUGGAUGCCCUUCGCACGGUCUUCGAGACAGCCAUGGACCAAUUGAGGCCAAAGAAGGAGAAAGCAGAAGGUGAAGAGGGGGAAAAAGUGGAAAUGACUUUGGACCAAGCCAUCAGUGCUCUGAGUGGCAACAACAGCGAGGAGUCGCAGGCAGUCAAGCAGCUGCAGGAAGCCACGGAAGAACUGAAGCAGCUUAAUGAGGAGCUGGAGAAGCAGAAGCGCGACUGCCAGGCUAAGCUGAAGGACAUCGCAGAGCGUACUGCCGAAACCAAGUACAAUCUCCGUUGCGUCUCGCGGGUCAAUGACCUUGAGUACAAUCUGGUGCAGCGCUGGGAAGCAGGUCGUAUCGCACAGGCUACGAUCUGGGGCGAGAACGCCGAGCGGGCCUACCUCCGAGAUAUCCUGGACUACAAGCAGCGUCUGGCCCGGGAGGAGCGGGUCAGCGGCGAACUGCGAGCCUUCCGGCAGCAGGAGAUCUUGGAGCUGCGGCAGCGCAUAAAGGACUGGCAGGGGCGCUACACUAGCGACAUGCGCCGCGUGGAGCGGGAAGGAGAGGCCUGGGAGCUGCGGAUCCUCGAGCAGCAGAAGCUGCUGCAGCGGCAUCGCGAGGUCUACGCCGAGCGGAUGGAGUUCGUCCAGGAGUAUCAGGCCAAGAAAGACGAGGAGCAGCGGCUGCUGGAUCUGCAGGUGCAUCGCAUGGAGUGCGCAAUUAAGCUGCAGGCCUGGUGGCGGGGCACGAUGGUGCGGCGCGGCCUGGGACCAUUUAAGAAGAAGCCCAAGCGUGGCAAACGCGGCAAGGGCAAGAAGUAA